AUGGCGGAGGCUCCUGUAUCGGUGGUUCGAAAAACAGAGGAGGUGUGGCGUGCGGUUCUUUCUCCUGAGCAGUUUAGGAUUCUCCGUCAAAAAGGCACCGAAAAGCCAAGAACCGGAGAAUAUGACAAGUUCUUCGAGGAAGGAAUCUUCAGCUGCGUGGGAUGCAAAACUCCUCUUUACAAAUCCACAACAAAGUUCGACUCAGGAUGUGGCUGGCCAGCUUUCUUCCAAGGACUCCCCGGGGCCAUAAACCGAACUCCUGAUCCAGAUGGGAGAAGAACGGAGAUCACAUGUGCGGCAUGCGAUGGACAUUUAGGCCAUGUUUUCAAAGGAGAAGGUUACGGUACUCCAACCGAUGAACGCCACUGCGUUAACAGCGUUUCCAUCAGUUUCCACUGA